AUGGCAGACUUUCGUCGCCGGUUUGAGGAGAUCCAGGAGGCUGAUGCAGCUCGUACCAAGCUCAUCACGGAUUUGAUGAACAAGGUGGAUGACAUGGAAAAAACGAUGGACAGAAAUGCCUUCGUAUUGGUUCUGAUCGACGGCGAUGGAAUGAACUUCCAAGACGACUUGGUUAAGAGAGGUAUUGCGGGCGGCGAAGAGGCAUCUCAGCGACUGAGACGUGAAGUCUUCAACGAAUUGCGAAACAGCCCGGAUUUUCGACACGACAGCAGGAUUGUCAUCAAACUCUAUGCGAACAUGAGAGGGCUGGCCAAGCUGUAUACCCAAUACGGCCUUCUUGCCAAGAGUGAAGACUUCAGCGACUUCAUCUUGGGCUUCAACAAGAACCAUCCUCUGUGCGACGCCAUCGAUAGUGGCAAUCACAAAGAGAGCGCGGACAAGAAGAUCCAGGRUGAGUUGCGAAAUAAUAGUUACGCCUCAUUCCUUGGCUCUUUCCACGAUGUCGAUAUCGCCACCCGUAUUCGCCUUCUUGAAGGACCUCCCUUCGCCGCCGAGUUUAAGACCAUUCUCCCCCGUUUUAAACAGCUCAAGUUCCCCGAGAUCUUCAGAAGCACCAAAAUCGACAUUACCCAACGUCACCUCUCCCCGAUGAAAAAAGUAGACGUCGAAAUCAUCCCAAAACGAAAAGUUGAGGCCCCGCGGUAUCCACUGGAUACCACUCCAACAUUGAUCGAAAGGCUUAUGAACCAAAAGCCUACUCCCGCGCCACUCGAGAAGGUCACCAACCAAGCACUUCCGGAUCGUACAAUCCAUCCCUCACCAAACAAGCCCAAAUCGAAUGUAUUUGGUCGACCAGCAUCGCCCACGAAGAACAUGCCGGAUACCGCGAGUGGCGGUGUAAGUCUCCGACCUCGUGAGCAGUCGCACGAGAACACUAUCCUGUCUCGCCCCAUCGCCCAAGUCGCGCCGACCAAAGAGCGCGUAGAAAAGGCACUGAUCAGGUCAACCUUGGACCAAUUAAUCGAUACACCACGGUCCUGCGAUUUCGCCAACGUCAAGCGACGAGCAGAAGCAAAGUUAGGCGUCGACGCUAACAUAUGGGGCAGCUCGGAGGGUGACUUCUGGUUCAGCAGAAGCAAACAGAUCAUCAAGUGGACCGUAGAACAAUGGCUGGAACGUACCGACAAUCCACUUCCUGGAAACGCGACAUGGCUUUUCAAGCACUUUCCUGCGGGCAAGUCCACAUCAUCGAUCCUGCGAAAGUCGUCGGCGUUGGAGUGGAGGAUUCAGGGCGAGCCGGCGUGGCAAACUCUCUUCGAUCGGGCUGCGGCGAGCUUGGAUAUUACUUAA